CUCCACCAUCCGCACCAUGCCGACCUCCUCGAAUCCUUCACCCACCCACACUCCUCCCAACUCUCCCCCGAAGAAAUCUACAUCCCGCCUCAUCUACAACCUCUAAACCCGGAAGACGAAGACGACGUCGUGCCCGACCAACACGCCGCUUUCGGCAUCCAACGAGCAAUCCAGAAGAAUAAGGAGGUUGCGUGGAGGGAUUUGGGAUUGGAGGAACUAGCGAGACGGGGUCCUGGUGGCGGGGAGGGAGCAGGGUCGGGUGGAAGAGGGGGAGCGGGGACGGGAGUGGGGACGGGAGCGGAUGGUGCGGGAGGAUUGAGGAGGGAAGAGCCAGUUAGGCUAGCUUUGAGGAGGAGGCCAGGGGCUGGGAGUGCAACGAUGGGGAUGGGAAAUGCAAUACCAGAGUCUGGAGGUGGUGGCGGGGGUGCGGGGAAUGGCCUGCCAAGAUGA